GUAUCUCGGCUGGCCAAUGGGAGCUGAAAACUACCAGCCUCUUCCGGGGUGGGAGCUGAAACUGCCGGGGAGAGACGACCAUGGCCUGUGGCGCCCUGGCAGAGGAGCUGGAUGCUGUGCUGAGCGGGAGGGGUUGGGAGGUGCAGGAGAGGUACGACUCUGCCCCUGUGUCCGCGCACCCUGUCAGAGUGCGGAAGACCGCCUGCUACAUCGUUUUGGCUGUCCUGCUCAACGACCAGAACGAGGUGCUGAUGAUGCAGGAGGCCAAGCAUGAGUGCUAUGGGACGUGGUAUCUACCUGCUGGAAGGAUGGAGCCCAAUGAGACCAUCCUGGAGGCCAUGAAGAGGGAGGUGAAGGAGGAGACAGGGCUGGAGUGCGAGCCCCUCACUCUGCUGGCAGUGGAAGAGAGAGGCCCCAUCUGGAUUCGCUUUGUCUUCCUUGCUCGGCCAACUGGUGGGACCUUGAAGGCGCCCCAGCAUGCGGAUGCUGAAUCCCUCCAAGCCAGGUGGUGGGACAGAGAAUCUCCUGCCCUUCCUCUGCGAGCCCGGGACAUCCUGCCCCUUAUGGACCUUGCUGUGCGAUAUCGAGACAGCCCGUCCCACCCAAUGACCUUGCCGGAGGAGAUGCCCUGUGCCUUGAUCUGCCAGAGGCUCCUGGCUACGUUCACCAAUGGUGCCGGUGACUUGUGGGUGCUGCUGAGUGCUGUAGGGGCCCCGCACCUGCCGGUGUCUGCCCGCACCACCUCCCCCUGCAAAAUCCAAAACAGCAUCCAGGUGGCAGCAUGCAGGCUGCUGAAGGAAUGCUGCCUGCUACCCCAAGUGACUGUCCAGGCCCACGGGGUCCUGGGGCUGCAGCACCUGGGCAAGAAUGCAGGGAAAUCUGACGGCGUUUGCUUCAACGUGCUGCUGACGGUUACGCAGGGUGGCCAGAGCACCCAGGAGACGCCACCAGAGCUGCAUGGUGAGAGCUUCCAGUGGUGGAAGAUCGAGGAGAGCAGCUUGAGAAGCAGAAUCCUCCAGCGGCUCAGCUCAUCAUCUGUUGUUCCAAUUCAUAGCUACUGACACAGGUCCCAUUGAAGCUUGGAUUCAGAGACCUCUCCCUAGGCAUGGGACAUGCUCCCCCCCGUUACAUCCAUUGGCUGUCCCCACGCAGCCAUCCUGAGGAUGAUGCAUGGCUUCCCCGCAGGGCACGUCCUACCCAGCCGCUGCCACCCACAGACCUAUUUCCCUGCACGGUUAUGGAAGGGUGAGUGGAACCCCCUCACUACAUCAAGCUGAGGUGGGCACACAGCACCACCAUGGGGGGGUGACUUUUCGGGACUUGACCUGAAGUGACCUUUGGGCAGACUGCAGCUCCUAAAGCUGAAGUUCCAGCAUGCGGGGCUCUUCCCUUCCUUGGUACCGCAUGUCCCCGAUGCGGGAUGCAGAGAGCUGGCCAAGGCAGCUUGUUUACAGCUGGAGCCUGGAAAUAAAAAGGGCCAUUUCUCUGUA